AUGUCUACCACACCACCAAAACGCCGCACACCAGUCUACUUCGUCUCCCACGGCGGCCCCACCACAAUGUACGACACCAGCCACCCAGUCUUUCCCCGCCUGCAAGCCAUCGGCGCCGAAAUCACCCAAAAAGUCCGUCCCUCUGCCAUCGUCGUCUUCUCCGCGCACUGGCAGGCUUCCCGCGGCCCACCCAACACGAUUGAGAUCAACUACUCCGAGUCAGAGCCGCUGCUAUACGAUUUCUACGGGUUUCCGCGGCACUACUAUGCGGAGAAAUUCCCGAAUCGGGGCUCGAAGGAGGUGGCGCAGCGGGUGGGGGGAUUGUUGAAGGAGGGAGGGUUUGAGGUUGUGGAAGAGGAGAGGGGCUUGGAUCAUGGCGUGUUUGUGCCGUUUAAGAUCAUGUUUGAUCCGGAGAAGAAUCCCGUGGGCGUGCCGAUCGUGCAGGUCAGUUUGUUGGAGGACGAGGCUGAUGCGGAGGGACAUAUCAGGUUGGGAAGGGCGGUGCAGAAGUUGAGAGAGGAGAAUGUGGUGGUGGUUGUGAGUGGGAUGGCGGUGCAUAAUUUGAGGGAUUUCAUGCGGGUGAGGGGCGGGGGUGGGACAAUGCCGUAUGCGAAGUCGUUUGAUGAGGCGUUGAGGGAGGCGGUGGAGACGGAGCCGGGGAGUGAGAGGGAUGAGGAGAUGAAGGGAUUGUUGAAGAGGAGGGAUGCGAGGCAGGCACAUCCUACUUUUGAGCAUUUGUUGCCGAUUCAUAUUGGUGUUGGGGCCGCGGGGGGUGAUAGAGGGAAGCAGUUGUGGACGUUACCCGAGGGGUCGAUGUCUUGGGCGCAGUAUCGGUUUGGUGAGGUUCAGGCUUGA